UUCGUUUCACUGACGGGAUGAGUUACACCGAAGAUGCUUAGAGUUACCAAACACUCACUAAGUUAUUUAGUUUUAAGCAAUUCGUUCAGGAUUUGCACAUCACUAGUGACCACGCCACACCCAAAUGACCGAAGCAGAGUGUCUGCCUCGGGACGGGGAUGUCUUGUGUAACAGCGGUAUCGGGCAGCGGCGCACCGAAAGCAACCAGUUGCUCCGGCCCGGAUUCUGGUUGUCAUGUCCCAGAGGAGGCGGCGCAUACGGCGGCCUCUGAGCGCAACUCGAGCCGAUACAUAAGUUGAAGACACAGCCAGGGGACGCUGUUUGUGGACAAUAGACGUUUACCUCCCGCGGCCGGUUCUUGGAGGAAUGAGAGGCGUAUGUUGGGCUCUAAAGAUGGGGUUGUUUUUGCAUGCUGUCGGCUCCGUCAGCCCCACGGAGUCCGCACCAGAGGGGAGCUUGAUCCAUUGUGAUGGCGUCAACAACCAGAGCUACUUCUGCGAGUAUGGACACUGCUGCGGAGAGUCCCAGUGUUGCAGUUACUACUAUGAGCUCUGGUGGUUUUGGUUGGUGUGGGCAAUCAUCUUUAUUUUGUGCUUCUGCUGCAUUUGCCACCAUCGGCGCACAAAACACCGAAUGCAGCAGCAACAACGGCAGCACGAGAUCAACCUCAUCGCCUACCGUGAAGCACACAACUACCCCUCCGUUCCCUUUUACUUCCGGUUUUUACCAAACUAUCUCCUUCCUGACUAUGAAGAGGUUGUCAACCGACCUCCGACCCCUCCACCUCCUUACACCGCCCUAAACUUAAACUCCUCCUCAGUGGCUUCUGUUGCCAUGGCUCCUGAGCAGCAGGCGGGACACUGUCCAUCCACCCAGUCCUCUCCUGCGCCCCCAGUCUCUGACGGUCUCUGCAGUAGACCUGCAACAGAGGAAGCGCAGCCUCCUUCCUUUGACUUUAGGCCGAAGCCCGACAACAAACCCCAUCAAACGGCCCAAGACUCCAGCAUUAUUCUUCUAUCAGAUGGGCUGAAUGUGGAGAUGCUGGGCAGCCAGGAGAAAAAAAGUGGAAGUGGGGAUGACUCCUGCAAGGAUCCCCUGCUCAAGGACCUGUCGCUGUCAGAGGGUUGUAGUGAGGAUAAAGAGCGCCUCCCCAACGGGAGGAGGCGGCGAUUCACCGGGGACUCUGGGAUCGAGGUGUGUGUGUGCGGCACACGCGGAGGCGGCGGUUGUGGUGGAGCUGGCGGGACGGGCCAGGAGCAGGAGAGUCUGCUGGGGCGCGGCGUGGAUGACGGUAACGAGGAAGAGGAUGCGGGUGACUUCUGUGACAGUUGCGGUCAUCGAGCCUCCCUGAGUUUAGAGGAGGAGCAGGCGCUGGGCGGGCUGGAGAGGAGGGCCGGGCGAGGGCCCCCGCUGACAUCUCCGAAUGCAGGCGGCGGCUCACUCGGUCCCCCCGCGUGCCUUCUUCUCCACACCAUCAGCGAACAGGACGGCCCGGCUCACAGCCCGGAUCCGCAGGGAUGAAACGCUAAGAGGUGUCAACGGCACCUUCGGAUUGCUUUACGAAAUGAGCCCGUCUUAAAAUAACCAGAUGAGGGAGCAGCAAAAUGAUUCGAAUGAAAAGGUGGAGACACCUUGCUCUUCCCCGUACUAGUCCCAGUGGCCUUAACCAGUGUAACAUGGGCUGUGUAGGGGCAGUGCAAGCCCCUUCAACAGCCUGCAGCAAGCGAGAGCUCUCCUCUCUGCAGUCAUCCUUCUCCUUCAACCCAAAGCACUGACUUGGCAACGGAUUCAGUGGGAGGAUGAGGACAGGAACUCUUCAGGAAAUCUGUAGAGCUGCAGCACAUUACAUGGUGGUUAACAUGCACAGCGGGAAAAACCUUGAAUGAACUGGUGCGUUCAUAAGGAUACUGCAACUUCUACGACAGGAGCAGACUGCACGGCGUCCCAGUAGUCGUGCUUCUAAAGUGCUUUUUCAGCAACUGUAAACCACUUUGCCUUCUGUUGGUGUUGCUCUAUCAGCCUUACAAGCGAUACGGUAGUGUCUGUGUUCAGAAAAAAAAAAUAGAUAAAGCGUGAACACUUCCAGUUUUGCACAGUUUCUCUAAAAGUGAAAAUAUUUUGCAAAGUAAAACAAACCCCACCAUUUUAAGGCUGAGUUUUUACUUAAUUUAGUCUCGCAUGGUUUGUGAUUAGUUUCCAUUCCAACAUGUUUAAAUGGAUAGGUGUGUGUGUGUUAGUACAGUAGGAAAUGUAAUAUUUACUUGGAAUGUGAUCAUUUCAGCCUAACUUAGCUGAAUGUAUGUAGUUGGUGCCUAACAGAACUCGGUGUGAAAGUUCGAGGAACAAUAAGCUUUAGUGAAACUGACGAACCCUGAAAAAGCAGGUACUCAUAUCAAGAAUGUCGAGCUUCAGAGAGAUUAAAACUGAAAUGACAACAAGCAAACCUCAAGAUUACUUUUGUAAGUCACUUCAACAGAUUACCAACCCUGGCAGCUCUUAAACAAAAAAUGAAUCCCUCGUUAGAAACAUCGAGAACUAUUCUUAAUAUUUGGUGUUGAAUCUAUGGUGCAACUUCUAGUCUGAUGUCAUUAAAUUUGUCAGUAACAUCAUUAUUUAGAACUAAAAUUAUGUCCUAGUCUGUUGGGGGGUUUUUUGUUGUUGUUUUGCAUUUGCACUCUGCAGUUAAAGAGAUGAAAUUGAAGAAAACGAUCUGAACUUUUAUGUAUGUUAAAAUAGGGCUGGAUAAACCAAUUAAAACCUGGUUGUGUCACUUUCUCCUUAUAUAAAAUCCACUCAAAAGUAUUCACACCCUUGAUUUUUUUUUCUUUUUCACUUUACAAAAAACUUUGGAUUUAGGUCUGGGCUUUAAUUUCUUACUGGACAAAAGCAUCCCCUCAGCAUGAUGCCCAGUAGGUUUCAUUUUGGUCACCUCAGAGCACCAUCUGCCUCUGUAAGCAGAACUUCUUGUGUUUGUGAGUCCAGAUUUUUAUUUGUAAAACUUAUUUUCCGCCCGCUUCACAAUCACAAAAUUCCAGUGAAAUUCACACAAAUUUAUGGUUGUAAUGUGAAAGGUUCCAGGGUUGUUUCUGUAGUUCCACGACAAUGACAUUCUACACUUUUCGUCCUCCAAGUCCUAUUAUUGACGAUGUUGCUAAUAUUUGUUGAAACCUUCGCAAACAGAGUUGUUUCACCAAGGAUUCAGUUCAUUAUUUUGUUCAACUGCCCAUUUCCAUAGAAACCACAAUAAAUUGUAAUAUGUUU